CACCUUGCAUUACUUUAGUUUCCUCGAGCGCUCCCUGCGGCCAACGGUACAGCCAAAGAAAAUGUAAGGCAGGAUCACGAUAAAUGUGUGCCGUGCUGCAACAAGAUACAUUAGAAAUCUUGGUUUCGCCAUAAGGACGUUUUGCUCGGUACGCAAUGAGGGUGCUUAUUUCAAUAACAUGGCUUUUAGUUUUAAUAAUAUGGUCUAGAAAAGUAGCCCUAGCUGAUGAACACGUGGCUUUGACCGCCGUGAAUCCUGCUGAGAUACGUUUGGAUCACGACCGUGUGCGCUCUCUUCGAGUCAGAGAGACCGUUCAUCUUGCGCGCAGUUACUUAGAAUUCACGUGGGAUGUGUGUCAUUUCUGCAAUAGUUACGAGCUCGUCAUUCGUUUGAGCCAUUAUUCAUUACAUCGCGUUUUGAAGUACGAACUUAAGGCAAACGUGAAUUCGUUUACUACCUGGAAUUUACUACCAAGGACUAAAUAUCACCUGGAAAUCAAAACACUGCCAUCGGAUGCCACAGUUAGUUCAACGGUUGAAGGCGUUACGUUCUGCGAUGAGGCUCCGCCGCCUGUGCGAGAUUUGGUGGUUCGUCCCCUGACCAACACUUCGUUACACGCUAGGUGGUUAUCAGAAAUCAGUGACGGAUCCCUGAUAAAAGUUGUCAACAACGAUAUUCUAGUGCAAGAAAAAAUUUUGUCCUUCGGUUUCCAAUCGAAUAUUACAAUCGAAGGUCUUGACCCCGAUACCGAAUACGAGGUACAAGUAAUCGCAUUUUUUGAGCCGAAGAGUAACAGGUCCAGCGCACUCACAGUAGCAUCACAACAACGAACGCUACCAUCUGAGCUGCCCGAUCUUCAGUUUCAGGGGGAGGAUCAAAGUUCUGACAUUAAGCUUCAAUGGAAUAAUUCUAAAUGGCCAUGUCCAGUUAGUCAUCAGGUGGCUUGUUACGCCGCUCGGGAGGGUCCCAGACCUAUAAUAAAGAUAGAUCUAUCAGGCUCUAACAAUCUUCUAGUAUUUAAGUCGAUGUCAGAUGAAGUGACUGAAUUGAAUUGUACACUCACGACAUGGUUUUCUUCUGAUCCUUGGGCUCAAAAAACGCAUCAAGUAAUAAUUAGACGUCAGCUGGAUAAGCCUAACGAGCGUCAGUCAAUUCGUUGCUAUGACAAGUACUACUCUAUUCGCAACUUAAUGCUUAGUGUGUCUUCAUGUGAUGAACAAAAAAAUCAGGGAUUUAAAAGCAAUUCUCUUCGUAUUCAGUUUAAUACUAACACGUCAUUGAACCAUCAUUACGUAACGGCUACUAAUGAGUAUCAACUAUGCAGAGAUAACGUAAGUUGUUUGGCAUGGGUCGAGCUAUCGGGGCACCAGUCUGUCCUUACGCUUGGACCAGGCAACAUUUUGCCUUGGACGUCAUAUAUUCUCAAGCUUCGAACGACGAUCAGUUGUAAUCAUUACAGAGCUCAGAAGGAGGAGCUAUUCCAACUACCGCAACUAGGAGGCAUUGUGCCUCCAGUUUCUUCGCUGAAACUAUCUCAUAGUACAAACAGUACGAUAGUAUCGUGGACCUAUGCGACUAUUCCGGAGCCAGAUUACUUUCUCCUUACCAAAUGCAUAUCCGGUCGCCCGGGACAGAGCGGGUCUAGCUCCACUUGUUCAGCGACAUCAUUACCACAUAGCAGCAAAUCGGCAACCCUUACAUCCUUGGAAAACGGAUGCGUCUACUACAUCUCCAUUCAAACGGGAAAGAUGCAUCGCGAUACAAUUAUACAGAGCGAGCCGCGCGCGGUUUCAUUCUACGUACCCAGUCAAGCACAGAUACCUGAGAAGAUCAGCCUUUCGACGGAAAAUAAUGCUGACUCGCAGGACAUCCAAGUGAAAAUUGAUUACAAAGGUGGUGCCGAAUUAUCUAAGGUGACCGAGUACCACGUCAAUAUUUGUGGUACACGACUGCCUAUUUGGGAUGAAGAAGUGCAAGAGGCCAAAUUCUGUAAAAAGUUCACAGUGGCAACAGAAAACGCUACGUUCAGCUUCUCUAGACUGCCUUGGACGGAGUACGUUAUCACAGUGGACGUGUGCUACGGAGUGUUCGAUUCUACGUCGGCAGCGAAUAUAACGUUGCCGACCUAUCAGCCCGCACCGGUUCCAUUGGCAGGUGUCGACUGGGACGAGGAUAAGGCUCUUUUAAGCUGGAGAUAUCGCAGCUACUGGGAGCCUUCCGGAUUUAUUGUCUCCUUUUGCAAAAGCCGCGAAGACCCCAUUGAGGGAUGCAGCAAUAUUGAAACAGGGCGACGCGAUAGAUACUACCAGGUGAAUCCGGACGAUCUUCCCAGCGGAGAUUUGAUUGUACUGGUUACGCCUUUCGUUAACUUCAAAGGCUCGUAUAUUGAGGGACCUCGCUCUGAGCUGGUACUUAACCGACAACAUUCAAACCAGCAAAAUUCGCUUAGUCUUAAAGGCAGCAUCAACGGUAACAUCGCAGAGUCAACAACGAAAGCGGACAGCGGGGAGGAUGAUCAGUUAUAUUUAAACGAAUGACGUGGAUAUAAAAAGAUAAAUAGUGCAAAGUUAUUCAAUAAAAGUUGAUGGAAAAGUGAAAUGUGGAUUGGCCCACACAGAUGACAUCGCUGGAAGCCUCCGAGAACAAUUGGACGCUAUACCAAUGCCUUUCCUACAGCUUCGAAAAUUAUCAUACCGCUCGGAAAGUAGACCAUUAGCUCCUUAGAAAGAUCCACACAGUUCCAGAUAGCUAACACUUUAAGGACUCGUUUGCCUGAAGUGAUAGGUAUUGGUUAUUUUACAAACAACUUACCACCAGAAAAUAGCACUCCGUCUAGUUAGAUGGUAUUUAUUUAAGAUAUGGCCAUGUAAAAACGUUAGUUGCGUACUUUAUUUUUUGAAUUGUGCAUGUCCUCUUAUAUCGAACUUUCUCUAACGUAUCUAGUAUAUGUGAUGCCAAAAAAACCAACGAUUCAUCUUAAACAUAUCGAAUUCUAAUUCAUUUAUAACGUGCACAAGUAGUAUUAAAGCAACAUAAGAAGCCAUAAUAUUAUUCUCUCAGUUGUAUAUUUAUUCUCCCUUAGAUUAUAUUUAUGACUUCAUUAUUCUUUGCAGUUUGAAUGCCUAUACAUUUAACUUCUGUGUUUCAAAACAGGUUCUAGGUUUUCCCGACCUCUAAUGCAGACUAAUGUGCCACAAGUUGCUGUCAAAUAAUACAUUAAAAGUAGAUUUAGAAGGACAAAGGAAUUAGAGGUUCGGCAAUCGGCAAUACGAAGAUUUUCGUUAGAAUGUUACCUUCUGAAGGCGGAGGCGAAAGGGAAAUGGUAUCCAAGCGCAACGGGUUUAAUGCACUUACCGUAAGCCUCUAUCAACUCAACGGCCACAAGCAUUGCCUAUCUCAACUCUGUACGCUACCUCAGAGGGCUGUUUUUUUUUUCUGAUUUGUACUGUACAGCUUCAAGCUAAUUCAAGUGCUCGAACAACACGCAACUGAUUAAAAUUACUAAGACAACAAAAAGACAAAUAUCAAUCGAAACGAUAGCAUUUGGCGCGAAUAGUGAAGUGAUUCUCGUAUUGACUGGACGGGAAGUGUGUUUGAGGCAAAAACGACGACGACAGCGAAAGGCGCAGCGUAUUUGAGGCAUAUCUAGGCCAUCGUACACAUAAACUCCAAGUGAACAAGUGGCACAAUUCAGUGUUUUAAUCCAUGUUAGAGUAGUUCUCGCUGUAUGCGUGGCAGUUUAAUAGAUGUGUAACGAUGCUCAUGCGUAUUACGCAAGGGUAAAAUAAUCACGAAUAGAGACCUAUUUUGAACAAGAACUAGAACCGUCAACGUAUGCUGAACAUGAAAAUGAUAUUACGACGUUGUACAUGUCACGUAUCAGACAAGUACAAAUAGCGUGACAAGCGAAAAGCAGGGUAGUAUUCGAAUGUAGAUGGGAUUCGAGAAAAUGGAGUAAAUGUGUGAGACAAAGCUUAGUGUAAACAUGGAAAAUUCUUUGAUAACGUAAUCUUGUUACGUCAUAAGCUAGAAUACAAGUAGGGAUGACAGAUAGCUUGUUCAUAAGAUAUUUGUCAUUCCUACUUGUAUUCUCUUAUGUAUUUGCUGUUCCUUUUCACGCCUUUCUCAAUUUAUUUACUGCCGUCUUGCCUAAAAUCCUGAUGUCUGGGGUUAGGAAACUCGUUUGACCAAUUGGGGCCAUCUUCACUGUCCAAUGUGCUGCUAUGAUUCCCACUUGCCAAAGAUGAUAACAGAUGAUAAUCUGUUGACGCGCGAUCUGAAAAAUACAAUGGCAAAAGAAGCUCGUACUCAAUCUCCCGCAGGGCAAUUUUAGCCGCCUUUACCAUGCACAGUCUAGGCAUUGUCAGGGAAAAGGAUGACGUUGUCUUAUCUGUAGGGUUGCUUCUGGUGAAUAGGCUCGCCCAGUUGAUGCGAUUGGACGACUAGCAUGCCCAUCUUGUCGACUGUCUUGUUCUUCUCUAGCAUUACCUAGUGCAUCAAAUUUUUUUCGCUCGGCCCAGCGCAAAUGAUAGGCUUCUUCAAAUGGCAAUCCGGUCCAGCGUACGUCCAAGUUAGGUGUGUCUCCCUGAAUAACCCGCUCUUUUCAUAUAAGCGUGGAGGCACCACUUCCCGUCACCCGUAACAAUGCUAUAUAGAAAACUGUCGUCAGAGCUGCGU